AUGUCGUUGCAGGUCGUCCGCAUCGUUGGCGUCGGCCGCACCCCCGUCGGACGGCUCGGGAAAUCCACCUCUGCGCUCGCCGUUGAGGCCCUCCGCGCGGCGCUCGCCGACGCCAACCUGGAGAUGCGUGAGCUGGACGGCCUCGUGGCGAUCCCGUCGCUGGCCUCUCCCCAGUUUAUGCAGGCUCACCACCUCGCCACCGUCUCCGGGCUUGUGCGGGCGAACAAGGAGCUGAUUCUGCGCACCAUUGACACGGGCGGCGCCGGCCCCAUCACGGCGCUGGGCACGGCCACCAACUUCAUUAGAAAUGGCUGGGCACGCAACGUCGCCAUCGUUGCGUCAGACGCCGUGUUAAGCCUCUGCAGCAGCACAUUUGCUGAGCGCUCGAAUGCGAGUGUGGCGGGCGGCGACCUCGCGAAGCCCUGCAUACCGCGUGGGUACGAUCGGUACGCCCAGUGGUACAUGCGGCGCUACGGCCUCAAGCGGGAGCAACUCGCGAUGGUGCCGGUGUUGAUGAGCUGCAUGGCGGCGCGCCACCCGGACGCCAUGUGCCGUGCGCCCUACACCCUGGAUGAAGUGCUGCGCUCCCGCCAGGUUGCCCCCGUCACCAACCUGCUGGAAUGUGCGCGGCGUGCUGACGGCGCCGUGGCUCUCAUCCUCUCCAGCGAGCUGCACUACGCCCGCUACUUCGCACGGCACAAGUUGGACCGGUCAAAGCCGGUCGUCGUGAGCGUCGGCGAGGCCUCCGGCCCGCUCUUUCCCCCCGCCCUCGACGACAUCACUCCGGAGCUCUUCUCCUGCGAGCGGGCAGUCAAACUGGCCCUUGGCACCGCCCAGUUGGGCCUGAAGGACAUUGAUUUUUUUGGCCUCUACGACUGCUUUCCCAUUUGUCUGAUACGCGCGAUUGAGGCGGUGGGCCUCUGCCCGAUUGGGCAGGGCGGGGAGUUCGUGGAGGCCGCGUACAAUGAAAUGCUGAAAACCCCUGGCGUCGUCAGCGCCGCCACUUUUCGCAUCAACACGCACGGGGGGCUGCAGUGCUUUGGGGCCCCGUGGGAGGUUCCCGCGAUGUACAACGUCACUGAGGCCAUCGCGCAAAUGGCCUGCACCGCCGGCAGCCGUCAAAUCUGGCCGCCCCCGAAGCGGGCCAUUGUUUACGGAAACGGGGGCAUCUUCUCCGCCUCCUCCGUCGCGGUGCUGGGGAAUGGAACGUAUUAG